CGCAGGCCGCGGGCGCACAUUGCGGACUGCGCUGCAGCACUUGACGGCAUUUCAGGGAUCCUCUGCCUGAACAACGUGGUCAAUAUCAAGGCUGCAUAUACCAAUCUCGGUAGCGAGAGAGCUGUCGGCAUACCGAAAAAUUCUGCACGGGAGAACCAUGCUGAUCGCUUGACAUGCGAAGACGGGUCCGAGACAGCCACUCAGCGGUCACAUUUUCGGAUGAAGUCAUUAUCUCGUGGGCCGACUGCACCUUCCUUCUCGACAUGAACCCGUGUCUAUCACAGGAUUCGUUCACCUGCCGCUGCAACAAUCUCUCACGGGCGAUCAUUCAUCUGCGAACAGUCCUGCAACCUGAGCUCUGUCGUUCUCCUGAGCAUCCUGGAUGUGCACGCACCAGCAUUGCAGCCCAAACUCAGCCGUUUGAAAAAGCAACAUACCUGAAGGAUACACCCUUAACAUCCCUUGCAGCAUGGGCCUUUUGCGACACAGACGCCAUGAAUCGCAAUCGCCACAGAACUCAGUGUAUCAUUUCGGCGCUUGGUAAGACUACUUCUGCGACCACGCAUGCACCUCAGCCAUGCCCUAUCGUGACUCUCAGCGCACAACAGCGGACUAAAACAGGAAGCACACCUCUGAAUAACUCCCAGACACGAGCUGGCUCGAUCAAACAUGCUAUCAUUACUCACUUUUACCAACGCGGUUCCGGAGCCAUGGUCCUCACACCCUCAAAACAGUGUUUAGGGGCCGAGGGUCCUGAAACUGGGGAACCAUGUGCUGGACACGUUGUCGUACUGUGUACUGGAGCCAGCAAAGCAGGCGAGGCUAGUCAUGUGCUGAGUACAAGAGAUAGCGAGAGAAUCGAGACUAUCAGAGGUGGGUUUGAGUGUAGAGUGCCGAAAUAUCAGAAUGGAAUGCAGGAAGGCAAGUCAUCGCAUCCUUCGCAUGUGUCAAGCAUGUGUCAGAUGCGGGAGGAUUAUCUCAAGCUUCGCAAUUCUCCUGACUUAGGCAUCUCUCAAUUCUGA